AUGCUUGACCCCAGGGAGCCAGGAGAACCUAUCCCCACCAACAUCACUCUAAUAAGUGAGGAAUCAGCUCUUGAGAACUUUGACAGGCUCUACCUCCAACAGUUCUACACCAGCAACACCCCACCAGCCUACUGCAGAACUAGUGAGGAGGAGGAAAAGAAAUGGGGAGAUGCCUGCCACUUCGACCUGUCCUGCUCAACAAGAAACGGAGGCUACACUAUCCACACCCUGGCUGUUCCGGGCCUUGCGCGGCCAAAGGUUGUGCUUGGGCACCUCCUUGUGGCCAAGGCUGUUGGGGUGCCGGACAUCCCACAGUUCUUCGGCUAUGGUCAUGGCCAGUCAUCACACCUGUGUGAAUGUUUCUGGCGCCUGAUAGGAGGCACGGGCAACAAAAUCCACUCACGGUGCGUGAACCCAUGGCACAUCAAGUUCGAGCUGAGCACGCUGAACCAACUACGGUCGACGUGCACCAAACUCUCGAAAAAGUACGACGCUUGUGGGUGUGGUGCGGCGCCAGCAUGCCUCCACUUCCGCCACGAGCUCUAUGACGAGCAGAUGCGGGUGGUGGAGGAGCUGUUCACGCGCCAGCCAAAGCUCAAGGUGCGCUUGCCAUCGUAUGAGGAGUUCGAGGCCGAGAAAAACGCGUGGUGGCCUGUGCUUGGCGACGAAUAA